AUGGACGAAGACGAAGAGACGGCGACCCAGGGAGUCGCAGACCUCGCUUCCGUCAUAGCUCCCACACGACCCGAGCUUGGUCGACUUGCGCAGUGGUCGGUCUCGAGUCACAAGUACGGCUUUGGCGUCGACAACCUGCGUGAUGACAACGAGGGGACGUUCUGGCAGUCCGAGGGACCACAACCUCACUCGAUUGACCUCUCUUUCCCCAAACGCGUAUUCAUUUCUUCCAUCGCACUCCUCACCAGCCACCGCAAGGACGACUCGUACACGCCCUCUAGGCUCUCCAUCCGGGCCGGGACGGGUGUGCACGACCUCCAGGAGGUGAGAUACACCGAGUUCCACAAACCCGACGGAUGGAUCGUGAUCCCCCUCCGGCCAAUGGACGCCGACGGCGCGAUUGAAGGCCCACCGAUCCCCACGCACCACAUCCGCAUCGUAAUAGUUGCCAACCAUAUGAACGGCAAGGACACGCAUGUGCGUGGCCUCAAGGUCUUUGGACCGCCCGAACCAGUGGCCAAGACUACGGACGACGAGGUGGUCGAGGGGCUGCCAGACGGCCCAGCACUCGUCGAUCUCGGCCAGGACCGCUCGAGAGGUUUCCGCAGCCAAGAGUUCCGCAUGUACGACGGCAUUCGAUAA